AUGUUCACUGGAGGAGCAUUUAUAUAGAGUCUGCAUGAAAUCAAGGAAAGUUGUCCACCAUUACAACACUUGAAUUAUAGUCAUAAAAAGUCGUUCAAACAAAGUUUAGAUUCAAUCACACAGAAAAUUCCAAUUGUAAAAUCCAUUCAUAAACUUCGACAAGAGUAGGAGUAGAAGAUAUUCUAAAACAUAUAAAAAGUAAGGAGGAUGAAUUUAAUGCAUGAGAUCAAUAAAGUGAAUCCAAAAUUGCAUCAUGAAUUAAAAUUGAUCCCUUCUGAAUUACUUACUAUUAAAUAUGUCGAAUUUAAAUAGCAAUCACAAGAAAAUCACAUUGAAGUGCAAUCAGAAAUUAGUUAUAAUAAAUAUGCAUAAUAAUAAUAACGAUUCGAACAUCUUGGAUCUGGAUACAAGAUAUUUCAUUAAAAACCUUAUAUCAGGAACAUCAUGGAUGAUUAUGAGGAAGAAGGUAGCAAUCAUAGUGAUUCCUAUAUUAAUAAAUAUUUGGAUCUAAAUUGA